GCACUGUUAUGUCUCACCCUCUUUUCACUGCACCAACUACUUUAAAAAUGUCGCUGCGUCCACUUGCCCUGUUGCACAAGUCGCUGCUUGAGUCAUACACGCAUUGAUUAAAUGCACCAGAAGCUGCGACGAGUUUAAGUCCCUGUAGGAUGUUUCUUCCUCCCCCAUCUGUAUUGCAAGUUGUCUCAGACGGAACUAGACGGAAGCAGGAUCUGGGGGAGGAAGAGAAACAACAGCAGCUGUAACGGAGGACUGAGGGUCGCGCCAAAUUGUACUAAAGAAUGAAUUGCCCACGUUGGUUGCCGCUGGAAGCCAAUCCUGAUGUCGUGAACCAGUUCCUGCAGCAGCUCGGAUUGCUUCCCACCUGGCAGUUUGGCGACGUCUUUGGAAUGGAUCCUGAACUUCUCAGCCUGGUGCCAAGACCUGUCUGCUCAAUUCUCCUGCUCUUCCCAGUGACAGGAAAGUAUGAAGCCUACAAACAAGAAGAGGAAGCAAAAAUAAAAGCUGAAGGGCAAAAAGUCAACCCACGUGUUUAUUUCAUGAAACAAACCAUCAGUAAUGCCUGUGGGACUAUUGGGCUAAUACAUGCACUGGCGAACAAUCAGGAUAAAUUGGAAUUUGAAUGCGAUUCAGUUAUGAAAAGGUUUUUGGAGGAUUCAGCCAACUUAAGUCCUGAAGAUAAAGGAAAAUACCUGGAAAAAGAUGAGAGUAUUCGUGUUACACAUGAGUUCAGUGCACAAGAAGGCCAAACUGAGGCUCCAAGUUUAGAUGAGAAAGUAGACUUGCAUUUUAUAAGUUUUGUAAACGUUGACGGACAUCUUUAUGAACUGGAUGGACGCAAACCAUUUCCCAUAAAUCAUGGAGACACGACCGUAGACAGCUUGCUUGGGGAUGCAAUAGAAGUUUGUAAGAAGUUUAUGCAACGUGACCCUGAUGAAUUGCGGUUUACAGUGAUGGCUCUCUACAAGGUAUAAAGUGCUCCAACGCAGACAGAAAAAAGAAGCCGCAAAACUAUACUUGGACUGACUUCCAGAGAUGUUGUUUCACUCUCUUCACAGUUCCCUGAACUUGUGAUAUUCUGAUUUAACUGUAGAGAUGAGUUCAUACUCUUAUGGAACAUGUUCAAUGUGUUCCUGGCACCAUCUCAUCUCCCCCAACCCACUUAAAGAAAUCUGGUAAUGAAGUGUAUAAUGCUGUGUACUUUUAUGUCUUGGUGUAACAACACCCCUCCGUUUUAUUGAAAUUAGUGCCAGCUUGCAUAAGGAAAUGAACAAAAUGGAGAAGAAUUUUAGCUGGAGGAAGAGAAUGUGAGACUGUUGCUGUAAUGUUUUCAACAGCUGUACUUAAAUCCCUAACGAGGAAAUAAAUGGAUGCCAUACAAUGACUUAAAAACUGUGUGAGUGCAGGUAAAGAAAAAUCUUGACAGCGCUUGUUCUCAGAAUCUCGAUGCUUGCUUUCAGUAUCUUGAUGCUGUUUGCUCAAUAAAUUUAACUAUCA